AUGUUAACCACUUCGAGCCGGCAUAUUGGCUGCUUUACAGAGAGUUCUGGCAAAGGUGAGUCGUAUCAAACCCUCUCUCUAUUUACUCUUCCACAACAGUCUCUUCGACUACUUCAGCGCCAGUUCGAACACCAUUGGACUUCUGUCUUUGCUCCAUUUGAACGUAUAUUUGCGCCCGCUCGACAGUUCCACACAACUGGCCCCAAUUACCUCGAUGACUGGGUAUUACAACGCCGUGGACAUCGCAUAAAACAAAAGUAUUCCUGGGUUCUCGAAGACAGACGUCUCUCACAGUAUUCAUCUAUAGAGCAGGAGAAGUCCUCACCUGGUGCCAAAAGGAUGAAGUCGUUUAUCCAGUUUGUUACGGCCCCAACCUCUGAUACGCCUGGGACCACUCUGUUCCUCCACUACGACGAUAAGCGGUACUUUUUCGGGAACUUGUCUGAAGGCACACAGCGAGCGUGCAUCGAGAACAAUGUCCGGCUAUCUAAGCUCUCAGAGGUCUUUCUGACCGGCAAGACUACUUGGUCUGGCAAUGGGGGAAUGCUGGGCAUGCUUCUGACAUUGUCAGACACUAUGGCGUCUGCGUCAGGUGCCAUGGUGGAAGCCGAGACUCGGAAGAUCAGGAACCUUGAAGAACGCGCAAAGUCAGCGGUGCGUCAGAGGGAUGCUGACGAGUUGAUGGCGCGGGUAAAGCGGCGCAAGCUGGAGCUUGAAGCCCUGCCAGAGUUUCAUGGCCAGCGAGCGAUAUCUCUGUACGGCGGGCCUAACCUGACGCAUACUCUGGCUACAGGAAGAACAUUUGUUUGCCGGACGGGUGUCCCGAUCGAAAUCCGCGAGUUUGGCGGCGUCAGUAACGAAGAGAACGAUGCGUCAGCCGUUGACCUUUCUAAGCCAGUUUUGUCGGACGAUCACAUCAAAGUCUGGGCUCUACCUAUUUACCCAUCUACUUUACCGAGACCACAGCCAGGGAAGAGGAGCUUAGAAGAAUUCGAAGAGACGGGAGAGGCUGCUGCGACGAAGGCUGCUCGAGAUCAAGACCUGGUGACGAGGCAGAAAAUCGUCCUCGACAUGUUCAAUUCGCAAUGGCGCCUGGAUACACUGGUUGAAACCCCCUUGGCUGAAGUGUCCCUUCCAGCCACUCUCUUUAUCCGUGAUGCAAAUUCGGGGGAGGUAAAGCCGUAUGAAGGCCCCAAGCCUGGCGAUGGAGAACCUCUGCCGGAUAUCAAUGUUCUUGUUCGACAACCCUGGCCAGGUGCGAUGGUUGACUCCUUACCGGCAACCAGUCCUUCAGACUGUGCAGUCUCCUAUAUCGUCCGUGGCCAUGAUGCUAGAGGCAAGUUUGACAGGAAACGAGCAGAAUCUCUCAACAUUGCAGAUAAGUCGGACUUUAAGAAACUAGCCAUGGGAGAAACAGUAAUCGCAGCAGAUGGAAAGACAAUCACCCCUGAUAUGGUUCUUGGGGAAAACAGGCCGGGCAAGGGGUUCGCCGUUUUAGAGCUACCUUCUACCGAUUAUAUCCAGAGUGUAGUGAAUCGCAAAGAAUGGGACAACCCCGAGGUUAUGAAGGGCAUGGAGGUGUUCAUCUGGAUCCUUGGGCCUGGCGUCGGCGGACACCCGGUCCUUCGGGAAUUCGUUGCGAAAAUGUCCAAAUACAAACAUAUCGUUUCGUCUCCGGAUUACUGCCCUGACAGCUAUGGUUUCCCAGCAGUGUCUAACGCUACUAUAGAGUUUGCGGCAAUAGAUGGUGUCAGAUAUCGAACACCCUUUUGCAACAAUGAAGCCAAGGCAUCUGUGAAUACCUUUGCAUCUGCAGACACCAAGGAUUCCAUCAAUAUUGCCCAGCCAAACUUGACCAUCGACCUUGAGCCCAGCGUUAAGCUUAUUACUACUUCAGUGCCAAAGCCCCUUAGUGCACCAAAGUCGGGCAAGGCACCUCGGAGAAAUAGCUACUCUAGGAUCAUGGGAGAGAUACUGACGCAGCCAGGUGUGCAAAAGAGAGUUGAGAGCUUGACGAAAGCCAUCCCCAAUGGGGAUGCCGAAGUCAUCGCUCUCGGUACCGGAUCGUCCUGUCCAUCUCGGUAUAGAAACGUAUCUGGGACCCUGCUGCGGGUCCCCGGGCACGGUAAUUAUCUAUUUGAUGCUGGUGAAGGUACACUCGGCCAGCUGAAGCGGAUCUUUGGGCCGGAAGAAUUGAAAGCAGUUCUUCGCGAGCUCAAGGUUAUCUGGAUCAGCCAUUUGCAUGCAGACCAUCAUUUGGGGACUGUCUCGGUGGUAAAAGCGUGGCAUGAAGCUGUUCACGGAAGCCUGUCCACUAUAGCCUCCAACAUGGACAUCGCUGAGGCUGAUGUAUCCAAGAUACUCCGGGAGAGGAGACUCUACGUUAUCUCAGCGCACCACAUGCUGCAGUGGAUGGCUGAAUAUGCAAAUGUUGAAAACUACGGAUAUGAUAAAAUCAUCCCACUUGCCGCAUCUUCGUUUGAACAGUCUGAUGGUAAAACGGACUAUAGCUAUACCCUUCAUCGCCGCCAGAGGAACGGUGCUGCCAUUUCGGAUAAAGGGAAGCACUUGGGAACUCGAUUGAAAUUCGACGAUGAACAAUCCCAUCUUACUACGUUGCUGAAACAGGGCACCGGACUCGAUGCUAUCCUCACCACCCCUGUAUCUCACUGUCAGGGCGCCAAAGCAGUGUCUUUUGUCUUUCCAACCGGAUUCAAAGUGUCGUACUCGGGUGACUGCCGACCGUCUACUCGCUUCAUCGAAAUGGGUCGUGGGUCCACGGUUCUGAUUCACGAAGCUACAUUUGACGAUAACAUGAUCUCAGAUGCAGUUGCUAAGCGACACUCGACCGUCAGCGAGGCCAUGACCGUCGGCCUUAAAAUGGAGGCAAAGGUGAUUGUGUUAACGCACUUCAGCCAGCGGUAUCGGAAGAUGCCAGACAUAGCGAAUGCAAAGGUGGUCCAUAUCCAGCCACCCAAGGCAUGGAACAACAGGGCAAACGCUGCGGACCAGAAACCGCGCCAGGCUCCUUCGGUGGUCCGUGAUAUUCCUACAUCUGAGGACGCGGAGGAAGACUAUACGCUGUCCGAGGAGACGGCGGCACAAACUAAUACAAGACCAACCCGGUCAACUUCCAGCCACAGGGCUAAGAGCCCAUCAUCUACCAACAAUCCACCUAUAGUCCUAGCAUUUGACAACAUGAGGCUACGGGUGGCAGACGCCAUCCAUGCCGAAGCCCAUCAGCCUCUCCUCACAAAAUUCCUAGAAACAACACCAGAAGAGUGUUAA